GUACCAAGACCCUCUUACAAUGCACUGUGGGAGUGCCCCCAAAGUGAACGCAGGAUGUGGAUCGCUGAGAGGAGGCAGCAUUGAUUCCAAUUUGCAGCUGUGUGGGAACGGCUGGAUGUCAACAGAUGAGGCCACUCUUCAUUCAGUGUUAAAAAAGCAGACAUGUUUUCAGAGAGGCAAAGGGGAACCUCUGGACUUCUCCCCUUUGAAAAGGUGGGAGAGUAGGAAUGGCCAUCAGAAGAAGAAGAUGGAUGGUAUAACGCUAGGCGACUCCUCUCACCUGCCUUGCUCCCUAAUGAAACAAAAUCCUAGCAAGUUGGAGGUUAGCAGUGCGGCCAAGGAAACUGCUCAGAUCAAGGACAAGCUGAAGAAGAGGAGGCUGUCUGAGGGAAUCCUUGCAUCAAACAAAGGCAUGGCUGACUCCUCUGGUCCCAAGGAACUUGCCCUGAAACCAGCCAUUUCCAGGUCCGCUUCUCAAAGACUGCUCAUCACUUCUAAGCCCAUGCCUCCUAUUCAGAGCAUCCCCACCUCUCCAGAGGUAAUGGAUGAAAGGGAGCAUCGAGUGUUGGAGAAUGGCACGGACCACCUGGAAACUGGAAGGGAGCAUCUGGAAUCAACAGCAGCCCUUCAACAGGUACAGCCUAUGAGCCUACCUGGCAACAGUGAGAAUGUCAGGAAAUCUUUAGGCGCUGCGUUGAUCCCACCCAUACCCAAAUCAGCAAAAACUCAUGGAGAAAAUUCUCAGAAUUUCCAGGAACCCUUUUUAAGUUCAUCACAGUGUGAUUCGACUUCUGUUGCUGUGGAGGAGUCUUCUAAGUCUAGGUCAGGGCCAGUGAGCAAUGCAGAGGAGAACUCCCUCAAAGUCCCAGAAACCAGAACAUUGGAAUCUUUGCCUGCUUUAAAAAAUGGCCUGUCUACCUCCUUGAAGGUUGCUGGGUCUCUGGAAUCCUUACUGCCUUUAACUACCCACUCUCUCAGUCCGGGGCUGAUCGAGGAAGGUGGUCAGAUCUCCAGCCCUCACCUUUUAAAAGAGGAUGAUUGGAAGGAGAGCAAUGGAAGGAUCCAUGUGACCAUAUCGAAGUCUGCUCAGGAGAAAAUGCGUCAGAAGAAGCUAAAGGAGAUAGAGCUUUUGUGCAAAGAAAGAGAAAAAGAGAAAGAAAAGGAAAAGGAGAGAUCUAUGAAGCUCCAAGACCAGCUACAGAGAAUUGCUCAAGAAGGAUCGGGUCUACUUAAUAGCAGUGGAGGCACCAUCCCUGUUACAUUCAGCCUGACCAAUUCACCCAGAGCUCCCAUCGGAAUAGCCUUAAAGAAAAGGGUGAACAGGCCUUCUCUGCCUAGCAUCCCUGUCAUCAACCAAGACAGUAGCUUCCUGAGGCAUGCUUCAGCUAACUCCCUGCCGGCAAACCUGAAUUCUCCAGAAUGGGAAGAGGACCUUGUAAAUAGAGAAGUCUUAGAAGUUGGUCCCUUGUCUCAUCCAGAGCAGGGGCUGGUUGAUGCUUUGAAGUGGCUCAACAGUAAUGACUGGCAGCUGAAGGAAAAAGGACUCUUCAGCAUCAGAUGCCUGGCGAGCUGCCAUUCUGAACUUCUUCUGUGUAGGCUUCACGAUGUCUCCCUAGCAGCUACGAAAGAGGUCAGUAACCUUCGGUCAAAAGUGUCUCGUUUUGCUAUUGGGACUCUUGCUGAACUGUUCAAGACCUUGAAGAAACACAUGGAUCAGGAAGUUGAAGAGAUUGCUCGUGUCCUUCUCCAGAAGGCAGGGGAUUCUAGUGAAUUCAUCCAGAAAGCAGCUGACCAAUCCUUAGGAGUCAUGGCACGAAGCGUGACUCCUUCACGAGCAUUGGCAGCCCUCAUGGCCAAUGGAGUGAACCAUCGUAAUCCCCUUGUUCGAAAAUGUGCUGCUGAACACUUAUUGACCGUUGUGGAACAGAUUGGGGCUGAGAAGCUGCUUUCCAGCAACCGAGAGAGUAUGGAGAUGCUGGUGCAGACGCUGGUCAAACUUGCUCAGGACUGCAAUCAAGACACAAGAUUUUAUGGCCGGAAGAUGCUGAACAUACUUAUGUCCCAUUCGAAAUUUGAUGGGUACUUGAAGCAAUGUCUACCAUCGCAUGACUUGCGUGAUGUCAUGGCUACCAUUAAGCAGAAAGGGACAGAAGACCAAUCAUCCCAAGCUCCUUCUGCAAAAAGCCAUAGAGGGUCAAAAAGCAGUAGUUUGACAACCUCUGUGGACAGCAUGCCUUCAGAUGAUGGGUCUGUCUCCAGCACCCUUGCCCUACCACAACCCGCGGCUCGCCGCUCAUCCCUUCGCAGCUUAGAAGUAAUGGAACAACUCAAAGAGUUGAACAAGAUGCUAGUGGCCAAGGAAUUUCAGAUGAGAAUGGAAGGCAUAACAUUGCUGAUGGAGCAUUGCAAGAACAACCCCCAGCUUGUCACCUCAAAUAUCAUCCAGAUCUUUGAUGCAUUUAUCUUGAGGCUUCAGGACUCCAACAAGAAAGUGAACCAGUAUGCAUUAGAAUCUAUUGCCUCCAUGACCCCAAUCCUUAAAGAUGGUUUAAGUCCAGUCAUGGUUUCUGUAGUGACUGUUGUCACUGACAACCUAAACUCAAAGAAUUCUGGGAUUUACAGUGCUGCCGUGAAGGUGCUGGACCAAAUGAUCAUUAGUCUAGAUAACGUUCUGCUGCUUCAAACAUUUGCCAGCAGGGUGCAUUUCAUCAGUGGCCGAGCGCUGCAGGACGUCACAGGCCGCCUGUCAGUUCUUGUGGCAUUAGUCUAUCCACGGAAACUUCAGGUUGUGGAGCGUCACGUCCUUCCUGUUCUUUGGUACUUCCUGGGCAACAUGAUUGGCAAUGGGGUGUUACCUGGAAAGAGUGGGAAUGUCAGGACGGUGGUUGCUAAACUUACCAAGAGCCUGCACAAGCAAAUGGGACCCAGACUGGAGGAAUGCGCUUCUAGCCAGUCUCAACACGUGAUCAAAAAUCUCCAGGACCUUCUCAACAUGGAACUCCAGUGAUGGUUUCUAGAA